AUGCCGAGUAAGGGCACUUCUAAAAAGGGAUCAAAGGGUGGAACAAAGUCGAAGGGCUCCAAGGUUUCCGGAAAGGAAAAGGGAUCCAAAGGCUCGAAAGGAAAAGAAAAAUCUUCUCUUUCACCAGAAGAAUUGGAGAAACUCAUUUUUGGUAGGAAACUCUAUGAAGAUGUGGAUGCGGUGUUCACUAAAAGGUCAAAAAAUAUAGCCCUCUUUUGUCAAAAGAUUCAUAUUUAUGAGGUGUGGAACCGUCUGCCAGAAAUAUUUGCUGACAUGAACCCACAGGGUGACAGUGGCAGCAAAAGUGGUACAUCCAAGGCUUCGAAAAAAUCCAAGGGUUCAAAAGGGUCCAAAGAAUCAAAGGCGAAAGCUUCAAAAAAAUCCAAGGAGAAGAAGACUACAAAGGGUGGAAAGAACAGUGGCGGCAAAUCAAAGGGAUCAAAAGGCUCAAACAAAGAUGAUAAACAACCUAAAGAAAAGUCGUACGAUGACCCGAUUGUAGUAGAGGAUAGGCCAGACAUGUUGGAGUACGAAAGGGCCAUCCUUGUUGGUGCUGUAGCUUUCCCUUGCUGUUUAUGUCAAAAUGGUGAAAAGAUAUUUGUCGAAGUGUUUGCCGACUUUGUCUACUGUGAUUAUGCCAAAGUACCGCCUUUUCCAGCCUCGGUAAGGUGCAAGACACGUUGCUACAAAGAUGUCUACUACAUCUACCCACUUAACCUCAAUCGCAUGCCACCCCACCUCACUUUUACACAAAAUAUGGUGACUAAAAUUCAAGAAGAAUUUCCUAUGGGAUGGUAUAUUUCCCCAUUUGUCUUUGAUCUUACAGGAAAACCCGAUUCUGUAUUACUUACACGCCCCUAUUACAUGGAACAGGACACGGGUCUGUUUUGGACUGUACGAGCGUUUUCUGGAAUGACGGAGUUCUGCAUACCACUACCCGAAAAUGAAGUAUCCAUGGGUUUUUACAAGUUCACCAUCGUCCCAGUUGCAAAACCUUCAGUUCAAAGACCUUCCAUCAGCCUUGAUUAUAAUCGGUGGUCAUGCCUGGAAGAUCAAGGCACUUUGAAACUAUCAGCAACCCUAAGUAAAGACGUCUACUACCAAGGUGAGGAGAUCGAUGUCACCGUCUCCAUUUCCAAUGAUUCUGCUCGGCACACAGUGGUAGCUUUGACGGUGUGCGUGGAGCAAACUUACAAAUUCCAUUCGGAGAUACCACACGAUAACAGCAUACCCUUGGCAAUGACUUUUAUAAAGGCUGGAGAGAUGGGAUUACCCGUGGGACCGAAAAACAAGGGUUGGUUAAAUACCUUUAAUCUCCGUCCCGUCUACGACCCAACAAAGUACAACCUUGUGAUGGAUGGAAGAAUGUCACGAGAUCAGAAAAUAUUCCUCGCUGAGAGCACAGUUAUUGUGCGACAGGAUUGGGUCAAAGUAGAAGAGCAGCCACCAGUUGCUGAAGGGGAUAAGACAAAGUCAAAAAAAGAAAGCAAAGGAAGCAAGGGUAGCAAAGGUAGUAAAGGGAAGGGAAAAGACGGUAAGGCGUCAAAGUCGUCCAAGAAGUCAAAAAAGUCGGACAGUAAGGGUGAGGGGAGUAAGAUGGGUAAGUCGAAGGGAGGCAAAGCCUCGAAGGCACCAGGAAAAUCAAAGAAUGUCGAUCAAACUCCCGCAGAAGUUGAGGAAAAACCGCAGAAUAAGGAGCAGGAAUGUAAAGCGCCUCAGUACGUGCAGCAGAAUUUGGUGGCAGAUCGACAAGAGUGUCGAAUAAUUGACGUCUCCUAUCAAGUGGUAGUGCGGUUGACCUUAGGAAAUGAGGGGGGCCAACCGAUGGUGAGAUUGCCCUUCGUGUUGACACGGAACUCGCGCUACAUUGAUCGACUGCCUUUGAGAAUGCCACCGGUAUUUGCGAAGGUGGCUAUACGCUAA